AUGGCCCUCUCUUCACAACUCGCUGCUUUUCAAAACUCCAAAUCCUUAGCUGUCUUCACAAUAUGUACAGCUUGCCUGACUGAUGGUGUUACGUACGGGCUUGUUACACCGGUAGUUCCGUUUCUCCUGAAGGAUGAAGGCCUUGUGACAGAGAAGAACAGUAGUAGUUCAGAUCACUACACUCUGUUGAUAGCGUCAUUCUCUAUAGCUGACUUCUUCGGUGCUCUUGAUUGUGCCUGGUACGUUGAUAGGGCAAGAUCAUGUCGAGUUCCAUGGUAUCUCGAUAUUGUUCUCAUCACGGCUGGAAGCUUCCUGUUCGGCUUCUCCAACAACAUCGCCAUGCUCAUCUGCAGCCGCAUCUAUCCUUGGAUGGGCACCGCAAUGAGUUGUAACAACAUAGGCAUGAUCAUAAGUCCUAUGCUAGACGGCAUCGUAUAUGAUAAGUUGGGCAAGCUCGCUGUGUUCGUCAUCACGAUCAGCCUCGGAGCUUUCGACAUCGCUUUACGGCUGUUGAUGAACAAGCCACCUAGGAAGCUCACAUCCGUGACCAUCACCACCGACGCCGUCACACCCGAAUCGAGGUCAGAGAAGUCGAAGCCUCAGCCGCCUCCCUGGCACCCUUACCCUCCCUACCUCCUCGCCGCCCUCUACGGCGUCUUCAUAAACGAAUGCCUUGUAGCCUCUCUCUGCGCCAUUCUCCCCUUCUUCGUGCGUGCCACAUUCUCCUGGACUGCGCUCCCCGCCGGCCUGCUAUUCCUAUACAUCGUGAUCCCCGCCUUCGCCGACUCUUUCGCAGGAUACCUCUUCGACCGCUUUGGCGCGCGCUGGAUCGCUUGCUCGUUUGUGGCUGAGAAGGUCAGUGCGUUGACGGGGUUGGAAUUGUAUGCUAGUAGUUCCAGUCUGAUGAAUUGCUCGCUUGCUGCAACGGGGCUAUUGGGGCCGUUGGCUGCGGAGGGGGGGGGGGGGUGGACAACUAUCGCUAUGGGGUUGUUCUGUAUGAUGGGCGUUAUUCCAUGCGUGCUUGCGACUGGAGGUAGGCGAGUCAAAGUGGCUGAUGAUGGCAAUGUCGAGGGCGCUUAG